CACCGUGUCCUCGCAUCUAUUCGCCUCUUCUCCGCUAGGGCCGAUCAUCAGUCUUUUGUUUGAAGACUGCUGCGGUGGGAAAGUACGUGAGUGCAGGCAAGCUGGGCUAGCUGUGUUGAUGUUGUGGCUGGAAAGCUAAUUUUGUCGAUGAAGUUAUAAGUUUUUUGUUGCCUUCGCUGGUGUAUCUUGCUAACAUCGAUGUUAGCAACUAGCCUGUUCGUGUAAAUGCUAUUCACUAGAAUGGACCUGUUGAACUCUCAGUUCCUGGACAAGAUGAACAAUAACAUUGGGCGACUGCACUACGAAGAUGAGUCCAGGACACCCUCCCUGCCCACUGCUAUGUCCAACGUCACUGGGCCUCCUCCACAUUGCCCAAGCAAACGGAAGUAUGGCGAAGAACAAAUGGAAGACCGAAUCAACUGUGAUGAUGACCACAUGACCAAAAUGAGCAGAUUGUUUGCCACUCAGCUGGCCCGUCCCUCUGCUGGAGAAAACCGUAAUGAGCAGUGGAGCCUCAGUCACAUUCCUGUGGAGCACAUUACUUCCUCCUCCAACGGUCUCCAUGGGACCCACCUGUAUGCUUCCAUUUCAGGCUAUGCUGUAGACCAGCCCCUACCGCUAACCAAAAGCAGCCAUGACAUUGGAGUCGGUGCCAGAGAGAGGUCUGUCAUGAGUGGGGCUGUAGAGCGGCAGCAGAAUCGUCCUUCCGUUAUUACCUGUGCCCCCGCAAGCAACCGCAAUUGUAACCUAUCACACUGCCACAUGAAUGGCUGCUCACCCAGCCCACCUGCUGAUGAGAGGAAGACUGAUGCUAACACAGAAAGUGAUCCUGUGAUUGAGGAGCACUUCCGCCGCAGCCUUGGAAAAAAUUACAAAGAAGCAGAGCCUAUGUCCAACUCUGUGUCCAUCACUGGUUCAGUGGAUGACCACUUUGCCAAGGCGCUGGGAGAUGCCUGGCUCCAAAUCAAGGCCAAGGGUGGGGGUCAUCAAACCCCGGAAGCAGAUCCAUGAAGCAGAGGGGAGUAAACAUUACAAGCACUUCCUUGGUGUUUGUAUAUGAGAGUGGAGAUUGCCCACUGUCGUUUCUUGCCAAGCAUCAACUUCCCUUAGCCAAGAACAAUGUAAGACACAUGGUGCUCACAUAGGCAAUUCCCUUGUAGACCUGGAGGUCGACCUUUUAUUAGAACACUCGGCUCUGAUUUUUACUCUAAAAUUGGCUACAUCUCUCUGUUGAAGAAGAGAUCAUAAAUAUUGCAUAGUUGGGUUGACAGUGUUAGUUGUGGAUAGAUUUAAUUUUGCAUUGAUAAGAACAGUGUGGUCCGUUGUUAGGAGCUCAUGUUCUGUUUUACCUGCCUUAAUAGCCAAAGAAAUUCCCUGCCUUUCCCAUCUACAUAUAAGCCAUAGAUCUGGUCUUUACUUUUUUCAUUCUAAAAUCACACUGCUUUUUUAUGUAUAUUACUUGAAAAUGACAGCCAGGUCUCAUUUGCAUUGUUACGUUUCUGGCUGUUUAUGUAGCAGGUUACACCCCCCACCCCUUUCUUAAGACACUAGACUAAUCUGUCUUUUUUUUAUGAUCCUCAACUGGACUUAUCCACUGUUAACUAAAUCAUUUUCUGUUUCCUUCCUAUAUGCUCACUGUGGCUGAUUACUUAGUAAACUAAUAUUAAUCAUAGCAGAUGUGUCUAAUUAGAAAGCAUGUUUCAAAUAGCUGGUUUCUAUUACAAACCUUAUUCUAUACUAUAUAUUUACUUAUGAAGUUACUUUUGUGUGUUUAUUAUGCAAUCAGAAAAUAGGUCUGAGAGCAAAACUUUUGUCACCCACAAAUUUGUGAUUUAAAAAUGUAAUCAAAAAGUUUGGUUUGCAAAUCCAAAAGUUUUGAGGAUUGAUUGGAGUGACUGCUUGGUAACAUCCACCUUUAGUAAACUUAAGAGGGAGUUUUGAAGGCUGUGGAGAAGAAAAUCAAUGCCGUCUUAGUAACAGCAAGAAUGCUGUGUUUGAACUUGUGCAUGUAGAUUGCUUUUUGCCUACGUCAAGCGAGCCAUCAUUUGUAUAAACCCGGUUGAUCCAGCCGCUGUUUGGACGUUGUUACACAUCUAUUCAUGCAAGGCGGCAUUGAUUUUCUUUGAUCUAGCUCUGUCUUAUCCACGGAUUUCAAAACUCCCUGUCGUGUUUACUAACUGUGGAUGUUGCAAAGGUGUCACUCUGAUCCAGACUGGCCAGUAGAGACUUGUCUUUCGUAGGAUUUAAUUUUGGAUUCAUAAACAAAACUUUUGGAUGAUGUUUGUAAUCAUAAAUUUGAUUGUUGAUAGUUUUGCUCUCAAAUGAAUUUUUUGAUUGUAUAAUAAUGACACAAAAGUAACUCCAUAUUUACUCAGAAUUUAUUUUUUAUCUGUAACAUUUUAGAAAUACUCACUGCUGGUACAGUUGUACUCAAUAUAUUUUUUGUAUCUGGUUUUCAUUACUAUAUGUAGGUAUAUAUCUUAGCAUCCAUCUACAAGUCACAGCCUCUGGCAAGGUUGUCUGAAUGCAGUUUGAAAGGCUUCAUUGCUUUUUUAUUCUGUGGAGCUGGAUGCUAGAGCUUUAUACAUGACUGAAUACAGCUAAAUCUGACCUUCUGUAGCACAGUCUAUUUGCAGUGACUUUAUUUAUUCUGAACAUGUCAAUAGUUUAAUGUUGUGGCAAAACAUAGUAGCAACAGAAUUCUAACUGAUUUCUUUCUUUCUAAUGAGAACAACAGAGGAUGUCUCCAUUGCUUCAGUGACAAAGUGGUUGAUUUCCCUUAAAACAAAGUCCUUAAUUCACCAGUAGGAAUCAACGUGCCUCUGUGACUACCUGACACUUACCAGUCCCUUCAGUUGUGUUUAGCAAACACACCUGAAGUGACCUGUAUGUUUCUUUUUUAGAAUCACGGUGAUGUCAUGGUAUGAGCUACAAAAAUCGGGAAUUUCUCACCCAUCUGAAAUUCUCUUGUUGUAGUUUAACAUAUUUGUCAACACUGAUUAAGAAAUGGUAUUGUAAAUUCAGAUUUUUUUUUUGUAUGUCAAUUAACUGUCUGUGAAAACAUAAAUUUUUAUUAAUAUUCUACAGUUUUUCAAUUGUUACAUCACUAUCCUGUCUUUGUAUUUUAUUUCACUCAUAUAAGACUAUCAUUGCGCCGCGCGGAAUGAUCAUAGAUACUUUGUUUUUAUUCAGAGUAGUUUCCUCAUAUGUAGCAUGGAUGUUCAUUAUCUUCUAGCCAUGCUUUUUUUAUUUUAUAAAAACUUUCUAAAAGUCGAUUAUUUUCCCACAAUUGUUCAGAUGAUGAAUAAGUGCAGGAACACAACAGUCUUUUGAUCAAAGACUUGGUGCAGUGUCAGAGAGAUGUCUGCACUAACAGUUUAAAGAGUUUGUUUAGCUUUCUGUGUGUACCAUAGUGGAAUUUAGGGAUUAUCAUGGAAUAUGCUUGUUUGACACAAGUACAUUUUUCAGUAAUAUGUUUGGGGUAUUAGGCCGUUGUUAUUUAAUUGCUAUAUUUAGACUACCUAUAUCUCGAAGACUGUCUGCAGUAAGGACCUGCUCUAGGUGUCAUCCACAUAGAAAAAAGUAACACUUGUUCACUUUUGUCCUUAUUUCUCUGGAAGAAAAUGCCACUGUUUUGUACUUAAUUUCUUCCAAAUAAACAUACAAAUGCCUA